AUGGAUGUCAAGCGCUCGUAUGGAUACACCGAUGGUGGCAAAUACAAGGUUGAUUACUCGCGGCAAGAGCGUGCGCUUGAUGCAAGUUUGAACGCGGCGGACGGCGAUAACUGCUUGAACUGGACGGUGUGGACGUGGUGCCCCGAUAGUUCAAACCCUUGGGGGAAUGGGUGGAACAUGGAGGAUCUCAGCCUAUUGUGUAACGACUUGCGUGCAGGAGAAGCGGGAAGGGUCCCGGGCAUCCAGACGCCGUUCAAAUCGUCAAUGGUAUAUCCUUCGCCUUACGCCAACUCUAGUGUCGAAGACGGCGAACCUGUGAAGUGCGAUCCCGCCUCUCUCCUAUCGUUCCUUACGAACGGUGCCACGCGCCCGGUCGUUGGUACCCCUACGAACAUCCAGUUCGACAUCUCCAAAGCGACCUUCCGCCUUACUCUCAAGGUCAACGCAGAGGAUACACCUGUUGACGAAGACGAUGACAUCGUACCUGGAAAGAAAGGACUGUACAAGGAUAGUUCCCUGCCCACCGAAAUUUUCCUGCCUCUCGUUCAUUUUGCCUUGGAUGCUGGCUUGAGCAAAGCCCUCGGUUCUGCCGCCGAGGACCAAGUCGACGAUUUCCUAGACGUUGGGCAGGAAGGGAUGAGCCACAGUUCAUCAGGGACAACGACACCUCGCGCGUACACGUCAUCGACGCUCACUCUUCCUUUGACUUCUCAAGCUGCGCUGUCGCCAAUCAUAUUCAAGGACGACUUGUACGACAUCGCUGUCACUGCAUCCGAGGGCCGCCUGGAGCUUCUCGCGUCGGAGCAGAAGCUUCUCUGGUUCUACACUAUACUGACGGAGAAGGCAGACAAGGAGCUGACGGUAGAAGUGCGCCGUUCAUCAGGUGCCCUCAAGGCCAACUCACUCGGGCUUGGAUAUACCACUGAGAGCAGAGCGAGAGAUGGGUGCGCUGGAUGGCUGGAGCAGGCGGGGUUGUUGGGCGAAGGGUGGUGCCCUAAGGGUUGUUCAAUCAUGUGAAGUGGCGGUUAUUUUAUCUUAUGCUCUUUCCUCGACACAUCUAAUGGCAGCGGUCAAUACAUUCUUUGUAGGAAAUAAUCAUAUGUAUCGUACAUACCUCUCGGCUGCCUCUUGUUAGUACUCAUUUCCAUCACACAAUUUGCUUGGCCAUCGAUCAGUAUUGAUCAGUAUUUACUGCGACUGAGCAAGUUCAGUAGUCAUAAUGCAUCUACC